AUGGCUGCGUCGGCCCUUUUGAAAAGCCGGGUGCGAAGACCAUCCUAUUUGAAAAAACUUAUGAAAGCAGAGGACCUGGUCCAUCAUUUCCCACAUGGCUCGUACAUUGGCUGGUCUGGGUUCACCGGUGUUGGCUAUCCCAAAAAAGUCCCUGCUGCCCUCGCAGACCAUGUCCAGGAAAAUAACUUGCAAGGAAAGCUCAAGUACUCCCUUUUCGUGGGCGCUUCCUCUGGCGCUGAGACAGAAACCCGCUGGGCAGAGUUGGAUAUGAUUGAACGGCGCAGCCCACACCAAGUGGGAAAAGCAAUCUCCAAAGGAAUCAACGAAGGAAUAAUCAAGUUCUUUGAUAAACAUCUGAGCAUGUUUCCCUCGGAUUUGAUCUAUGGCUAUUAUACUCUGAAUAAAGCCCAACCAAAACUAGACGUGGCUGUCGUUGAGGCAUCCGCUAUAACAGAAGACGGUGGAAUCGUCCCAACCGCAUCAGUCGGUGCUUCACCGGAGCUGGUACAAAUGGCCGAAAAGGUGAUCAUUGAGGUCAACACCUCGAUUCCAUCUUUUGAAGGCUUACACGAUAUCACCAACUUUAAUGAUCUCCCGCCUAAUAGGCAACCGUACCUGAUCACAAAACCAGAAGACCGCAUCGGCACUACUUAUAUUCCCGUGGAUCCGGAGAAAGUGAUCGCGAUAGUUGAAUCCGAUUCCCCGGAUCAAACAACCUCGAACUCACCAGAGGACGACACCUCCCGAGCAAUUGCUAGCAAUCUGAUUGAAUUCCUCAAACACGAAGUCAAUCAGGGACGACUACCGCAGAGCCUCCUACCCAUCCAAUCUGGCAUCGGGAACAUUGCCAACGCGGUAGUCGGCGGCUUGAGCAAAGGCGACACAGGCGCAGACUUCACGCACUUGAAGGUAUGGACCGAAGUGCUCCAAGAUACAUUCCUCGAUCUGUUCGACAGCGGCCGUCUUGAUUUCGCAACCGCAACUUCCCGCUACGCCGACAAGAUCCUCCUUCGCUCCCAGCAGAUCUCCAAUUCACCCGAAAUAAUUCGCCGCUUGGGAUGCAUUAGCAUGAACACGCCUAUCGAAGUAGACAUCUACGCCCACGCGAAUAGCACCUGUGUGAUGGGUUCACGCAUGCUAAACGGGCUAGGCGGUUCAGCCGAUUUUCUUCGCAACGCCAAAUACAGCAUCAUGCACACUCCCAGUACGCGGGCUAGCAAGUCCGACCCCGACGGUGUUAGCUGUAUAGUGCCCUUCGCUACACAUGUUGACCAGACCGAGCAUGAUCUGGACGUUGUUGUCACCGAGCAGGGUCUUGCGGAUGUUCGUGGUCUCUCGCCUCGCGAGCGUGCCCGUAUUAUCAUCAGGCAGUGCGCUCACCCAGACUACCAACCUAUCCUGAGUGACUACCUUGAUCGGGCAGAGUUUGAGUGUCUGAAGAAGGGCAUGGGACACGAGCCGCAUCUGCUUUUCGAGGCGUUUAAGAUGCAUAAGAAUCUUCAGGAGAAAGGGACGAUGAAGAUUGAUUCUUGGGUGUAG